CAUGGAAUGGUCUCUUCAUGUCCCAUAUGCCAGUAGCAUGAAAGAACGUUUGACCUCUGCCAUGGCAGUGUUUCUCCUAGGAGUGACCUUGCUUGUUGUUCAGCCUCAGGACGUGCCUUCUGGACCAGCCUUCAGCUCCAGGACGGAGGUCACCGCUCAGAAAGAACCUUUUAAAAAAUGUAGUAUAAACAAAACCAUCCAUCCUAAUGGGACUCUUCAGCAGCUUCCACAAGCAAUCAUCAUCGGUGUACGGAAAGGAGGAACAAGAGCCUUGCUGGAAAUGUUAAGCCUUCAUCCGGACGUAGCAGUGGCAGAAAGCGAAGUCCACUUCUUUGACUGGGAAGAGCAUUAUGGGAAUGGAUUGCAAUGGUAUAUGAACCAAAUGCCAUUCUCUUACCCCGGUCAGAUAACAGUGGAGAAAACUCCAGCUUAUUUCACCUCAUCCAAAGUGCCAGAAAGAGUUUACGGAAUGAACAAGUUUAUCAGAUUACUCCUUAUUUUACGAGAUCCUGUCGAAAGAAUGGUGUCAGAUUACACACAGGUUUCUUUUAACCAUGUGCAAAACCAUCUGCCGUAUCCUUCCAUUGAAGAAUUCCUUGUUAAAGAUGGUGAACUCAAUAUGAACUAUAAGGCAAUAAACAAGAGUUUGUAUUACAUUCACAUGCAAAAUUGGUUGAAAUAUUUUCCUCUGGAUAACAUUCAUGUUGUAGAUGGGGAUAAACUGAUCAGAGAUCCCUUCUCAGAAAUAGUAAAAGUAGAAAGAUUUUUAAAGCUGUCCCCUCAGAUAAAUGCUUCAAACUUUUACUUUAACAAAACAAAAGGCUUUUAUUGCCUAAAAGACCGUGGUAGAGAUCGGUGUUUACAUGAGUCAAAAGGAAGAGCACAUCCCAAAAUAGAUUCAUUUUUACUUCAGAAGCUAUAUGGAUAUUUUUAUGAACAUAAUCAGAAAUUCUUUGAGCUUGUUGGCAGAACGUUUGACUGGCACUGAAGACGGUAGUUAUAAAGUGAAGAUUCUGAGAAACCUAGGAUGCCUCAGUGCAUUAAGAGGAAGGAAUUUAAGUAUAAUUUAUUCAUAAAAUCCAUGAAUCACUUGUAGAAUAUUAUGCAUAACUGAUAUAAGCUAAUAGUAAUAUUUUCUAUUUCUUAAAUUAAAAAUAAUUUCUGUAAUGUCUUUUAACAUUAAUAUAUUACUACUGUAUAUGAAAAACAAAAACAAACUAUGAAAGAAAAACUUGUGAUUUUUAUAUAUGUGUGUUUAUGCAAAAUACAUCUCCAAAUCGAAGGCUUAAUAUCAAUGAAAUACAAACCUCAUUUGACUAAGGUAUUGUGGAAAGUUCCAGUUUUAUCAAGUUGGAUUAUCACUGAUAAUAUAAAUUAUACAAUAGUGAUAAAAUAGUAGUACCUUAUUGCCAGAGAUUUUUGAAGAUAUUUAUCAUGAGCCUUUUUGGGUCUACAUCUGCCCUGCAAUUUGGUAGAGAAUUUCUGCACUAUCUUUAUUUUCACCUAGAGCCACUGUGGAGAUGUAUUUCUUUACAAUGUGACAAUGCGAUUGCACUAUUUCUAGCCCACCCCAAUCAACAGGGGCUCUGGGCCGGGUACCACCAAGCCAUGCAAAUUUUUUUUUUAAAAAGUACAGCAUACAAAUUGUUAAAAGGCGCAAAGACCUGUGGAAACAGUCCUGUUUUGGGUAGCUAUGAUGCCUGCUGGACCGCCAGGGGAAAGUGCUCCAAAAAGGGAGCUAGUACUGAGGCGGCCUGUCCCCUGGUCUACAUCCCAUGUGCCUCUUGAAACAUCCAGCCUGUGAUACCUUGCCACGGUCUGCACAGAAAUGGUUCUGGUGAUGUAGAUCUCCAUAAUUAUGUGAAAUUUUUGCCAGGCUGAUUUUAAUCAUCAUUGAAAAAGGAGUUACAAGCAGCUUGAAUCACCUGACUUCUCCUAAGUAAUAAACCUUUACAGUAUUUAUUUUAGAUGACCAGAUGCUGCCUUAUGCUUUAUCUCUAGUUACUGUAUUACUCCCAUUUUCCUGUGUGGAGAUUUAUAAAUGUGCAGCAAAAAUGGGCUCAAGCAUUGCAAUAUCAUCACCGUCUUGACCCAAUGUUAUAUUUGAACUGGCCCUUUUCAUAUAUUACACUGAGAGCUAAUGUUAAUUGAAGGAUAUUAUGGGUCAGGAAAAGUUACCUUUCCUGUUUUGGAAGCCUUUCAAUAUCUCAGGAGUUAGAAAUAUAUUUUGUUUAACGUUUUAAUCUUUUCUGUGUGUGGUGGCAUCUAGCAAUAAAGUUUUUGCAGGUUUUAUUUA